AUGCGGCUCUGGGAGGAUGGCAUGCCCCUCACGAAGGGGCGCCAUCCCCCGCCUCAGGUCCCAAUUCCCUGGCUCGUCCCGAGUCUGCUCGCUGCCUUCAGUGGAGUCCUGCUGGUCGCUGUCAGCGGACUCUUCUUUGGUUUCCCAUGGCUGGCCCAGAAUGGGGAGUGGGCCUUUCCCACUGUCACAGGACCCCUCUUCGUCCUCACCUUCGGCAUUCUCAUGUUUCUAAACAUCUCCGACCCUGGUAUCUUGCACCAAGGUGAGCUCUCGGGCCCCUGGGAGAAGGAGGCCAGCGAUGCUGUGGGGCUGCCCUCACCCCGGCCGCAGCAGUGUGAUGAAGGGCUCCUGCUGCUGCCCAAUCCUCUUCCCAUGCCAGGCUCCAAUGAACAGUGCCCCAGGACGGUGCGUGUGGUUUGGGCGAAGCACAUAGCCUUCCGCCUGCAGUGGUGCCCACAGUGCUGCUUCCACCGCCCGCCGCGGACCUACCACUGCCCCUGGUGCAACAUCUGUGUGGAGGACUUCGACCACCACUGCAGGUGGGUGAACAAUUGCAUAGGUCACCGGAACUUGGGCUUGUUCAUCCUGCUCCUCCUGUGCCUAUGCUUGUACUUGGGCUCCAUGCUUGUCACCUGCAUGGUCUUCCUCCUGCGCACCACCCACCUGCCCUUCUCCAUUGACAAGGUCAUCGCGUAUCCACCAGGCUGUAGGGUCCACUUGGGGAGCAGUGGGCAGGGCGGGGACAGCCGAAGGGCGGGGUCCCGGGGGCGGGCCAGUGGUGGGCGAGGUUAG